CUUCGUUUCUAACCAACAACGUCCCCCGUUUUGUCGACAAAGCGAUGGCUGUGACCAAGAAGACAUCCGUGACUAAAUCUGGCACCAAGAAGGGUGCAAGCAAGCCCACCGCCACUCAUCCUUCCUGGAUUGACAUGAUUAAGGAAUGUAUCGUGAAGUCGGAUGACUCCCGUCAGGGCGUGUCUCGCCCCCAGAUUAAGAAAUUUGUUGAAGAGCAAUACAAGCUCGAGUUUGGCAAUGCCCAGAACACUCAGUUGGCUAAGGCCAUCGCCACGGGUGCUGAGAAAGGCACUUUCGUCCUCCCGAAGGGUCCUUCUGGCAAGGUCAAGCUUCCUCCUAAGACUGCAAAGCCUGCUGAUGCCUCCGCAUCCAAGGAGAACAAGCCUGCUAAGCCAGCGUCCAAGGGCAAGGCGCCGACCAAGUCCCGCUCCACCAAGGCGGCGCCUGCUAAGGCCGCUACGGCAGCGAAGGCUUCCGUAACCAAGAGGACCACCUCAGGAGGCACUACGAAGGCGACUACUAAGAAGCCCGCUGCGAAAGCUUCUGCUGAGACCUCGACUUCAAAGCCUAAAGUCUCCGCUGCACCUAAGAAGACCCUUGCUGGUAAGAAGGCUGCUCCAGCCAAGAAGACGGCCGCGCCGUCGAAACGCGGAACUGCCAAGAAGGCUGUCACGGGCGCCAGCUCCGCUACUAAGGUAAAGACUGCCGCUGCAAAGAAGCCGGCUGCAAAGAAAUCUGCGGCUAAGACUAGCUCUUCAUCAACGACCAAGAGGACUGCGAAGAAGGCGUGAGCGCUGUUAGCAUCACUAUAAUAUGCUUUUCGCUUGGUCAUCCACAUGCUACUAUGAAUCCAUAUAUGAUCUCCUCCUUCGUGCCACAUAGGCUGUCUUACCCUCACAAAUCCAGUGUUAUUUCUUAGUUAUCUCAACUAUUUUUAUUCGGCUAUCUGAUGUAGUAGUUACUGUAAGUUAUUACAGAGAUGAAUUACGACUAUGCUUGCCUUUUCCUUUCUUACCCUAUAUAUCCUUGCUGCAUUGAACCCUUAGGCCUUUAUAACUGC